UAUUGUCCGAAAAAGUAGAUAGCCGAUCGUUUUGUGAAUUAUGAAAAACGUGUGAUUAAACAACAUUAUGGGAGAGGAGGGUUUCCACCUGCAUAUUAAAAACAUGCUAUCCUUUUAAGUAGCGUUCAAAUAUAUGGCAUGGUGCACGUUUUUUAUGGUUGUAUGGCACGAUGUCUAUCACGUCGAUGUGAAAACCAGGUUUAAUAAACAUGAGAUGUUCAUGCAAAGAUAUACGUUCUGAUUAUACCUCGUAUUAAAUGGUAGAAAGAUCACACGAUAGUUAAAGCUGUUUAAAGCUUGAUACAAAAAGAUAAAGAUGUCGUCGGACCUCCAAAGUAUUGAAGAAGCACGUAAAAGAGUAACCACUGGAGGAGAUAUCGUUGGUGAUGCUGCAUUUAUAAUGGAACCGUAUAAUAACUGGGAAGAAAAAAUAAUACCAGCCCCAUUCACGAUUGCGAUAUUAGGACAACUUGUAAUCAUAUCUGACUCUCAAGAUUUUCCACUAAAGCAACCUCAAGAUGGAUUUAAGUUAUUAAGAUGGCCAGAGUCAUUUCGAGCGAACAUAGCUCAAGUUAAUGGCGAAGGAUAUAAAGCCUUCAACACAGCUCAUCAUUGCAUGGAUGAAAUUCGUCUUUCGACAAAAAAUGUUUCACAACACUUGCUUACUGCAAUUAAAAUACUUAUUGAGGGAACUGAUUAUGAUGUCGAGCAUAUGCUUCCCCUGGCGUUGCAUAAAAUUGAAGAUAUCGCCAAUACUUGUCGAGCAAGAUCAGAUGAAGUUGCCUUAAAGUUCCAAAGCGUUAUGAAUCUCGUGUUAGAAUUGCAGCAAGCAUGUGUCGCUACGUAUUCAGCUACUGAGGAACAGAAAAGGAACAUAGAAUUGCAAAUAAAAAUGCAAAAGAUUAAAGAAGAUAAUUUGAAAGAGCAGAAAUCGAGAUAUAAAGAACAUUAUAAACGUAUGAAUGAGGAAGUAAAGAAAAGUAGCGCACGAUAUGAUGAAGCCAUUAAAGAGUUACCAAAAGCAGGGGAAAUACUAGGAUUGACAGUGUUAGAGAGUGUAACGAAUGCUGUUCAAUCACUUUCAUCUGUUCUUAGCUUUGGGAAAAAAAUUUGCAGUGGUGAUUUUUCUUUCUUGACUGAAUUCAACAAACCAAUUGACACGAAGGGAAACGAAAAAUCAAUCAGUUAUGACGAUAUUCAACUCUAUACAAUCGGCAAAGGAUUGUCAGAUGGUGUUGAAAUAUUUCAAAAAUAUUUUGACCACAACGGAAACUUAAUUAAAAUCACUGCAGCUGAUGAAGAUUCAACAUUUGGUUUUCAGGAACUAUUUUUCAAAAACCAGAAGGAAAUUGUUCUGAGAGAAAAGGGUAGCCUUAAAAUCAAGAAUGAGAUUUUGAAAAUCUGUGACGAGGCUUUCAAGCUCUGUCGGUAUAUCAAAAAAAGAGUUAGAGAAGGUAACGUUGGAGCAGCUGAAAACCUUUACAAACAAAUGCAAGUCAUAACAGAUGCGUCUAAUGAGCUUAAUCUCAGAUGUCGUGAAGUACUCCUGAUGGACCCUAUGUCAGGUAGUACUCCAAAUAUGGCUAAAAAAUCUUUAUAUAACGUUUCUGGAUCCAUCACAAAGCAAAAAAUAAGAAAUGCACAUUUCAAUGUUGAAGCAGCUACUGGAAGAUUACAACUAGCUGAAAAGCAAUUUGAAAAGUCUGCUGAAGAUAUGAUGAGAAAUAACGAAGCUAUGACUAAAUGUCUGGUGAGAAUGGCGGCGUUUAAAGCAGAAAAAGCAACACACAAAGAAAUCAUUGAUAUCUUACAGGAUGGAAUUCUCAAACUUGGUAUACUUCAAGAGAAAUGGUCCCAUCUAUCUGAGUUUUUUACACAUAUCUCUACAUUAAUUAAAACAGGUUUGGAGACUCAGCUGACUCUAUUUGUAGGGUAUUCAGAGAAGGCACGUGAGCAACAUUUAAAAGAGAGCGUCCAAAUGAGUGACGUUAUGCGGGAUACAAUAUACAGAACAGUAUUUGAGGCCGUGAAAUAUUCAUCUUUGAUACAUCAUUUAGCAUCAGGAUAUUGGGAAGUGUCUGAUCAAUACCUUAUGCGAUCUGUAAGCAAGCUGGGUCAACUUUUGACGUUGAAAAAUGAGUAUGAUAAACGGGUUGCACAAAUGGCGUUAAUGGAUGAAUGUGAAGAAACGCAAAAAGCGAUUGAAAAACUGAUUAAUGAUCAUCGCACCGAAUUUAAACGUAAGAUCAAUUAUCGCAUGACUGUAAUCAAAAAAGAAUUUGAAAGCGUUCUUCCUGCGCUUUCUGAAAGUGAUGUAACUGAAGUGAAGAGCAUCGCUACAAGAGCUUUGGAAAACGUUCCUCUUCGACCAACUUGUACUGUGGACGAUUACUCUACAUAUGGCGUUAAUUUUUGACUUGUCAAUUGUUCUUUUUUUUUGUUGUGCGUGUUAUUUAACGAGCUUCUGCCCUGUUUGCAUUUGUGUCGUUUAGUAUGUAGUAAAAAAAUUAAUGUGUUGGGGCUUCAUUUCACGUUUUCUACAAACUAGAAAAAGAAUAAAGUUUUCUGGGAAAAAAAGAAUAUUGUGGAAAGAAAUUAUUCUUUAAUUUUAAAUUUUUAGUGCACGCAAAAUUAAACAGUUACGCAUUGCUCUUUGCUUAUUUUGAUGUCAUGUCGCAAGAACUGCUUUUAAUUAUAAUUCAUUUUGGUAAUUUUUAUAUCCUUAAUUAUUACGUCACAUUUAUUUUUAUUUCAUGUAAAAAAUUAAAAGCUGACUUUUAUGCUCCUUUGCAGUCUAAAGCAUUCCCUUUUGUUCAUAGGCCACGAAAACACCGAGAAAUCCGUACUUGGCUUACCCAUUACAUUCUUCAGCAUCUACAUGUUGAGGAGUUGUUGUUUUAUUAAAUAGUGGUGUAUUUAUCAAGCUACAGUACACAUCCAGUAAUUCGAACACGCAAAGGAACGAAAAAAGUGUUCAAAUUAGUGAAUGUUUGAACUUACAGAUAAUAGGGAAAAAAGAAUUCAGAUCUAAUUUCUCAAAAAUCUUUACUAAGGACUAGGGUGUUUAAAGAAUUUGUUACAACUUAUUUGUUAAAGAAUCAUUUAUCUUUGUUUGUUUGUGUCUUCGCCUGGGCAAAGUGCUUGUUGAGAUAACAACCAACGUGAUUUGCAUAUGAUUGAAUCAUCUCCCCAUUUCGUUUAAAAAUAAAAGAACCGUUUCAUCAACUCUACCAUUUGCAAAACUUUACGUCGGUUAACUAAAAGUAAAAUUAUUUGAAAAGUUAAAAGAAAUUCUACCAUUAUUAUUGUAAAAAAAAUGUCUUUUUUUUUCAUUACAGCGCAAAAUGUUCGAAUUAACGAAUUAGGCAACACAAAAGAUUUGAUUAGACCAAAGUCAAGGGACCGCAAAAUUUGUGCGAAAUAAAAAAUUAAGCGGCAUUCGAUUUAACGGAUGUGUACUAUAUACUUUAAUAACGUUUAUCAUCAUGAUAGCC